UCAUGCUACACAAUGGUUCUGAAUAUUGUUGUGGAUUCUGAUUGGUAACAAUCUGUAGACUUUCACAAACACACCUGGCUAUUUAAACCCCCAACAGAGACGAGACAACUUUAUUACAGCAAGAUAAAAUCGUCAGAACUCACAUUAUCAGUCAUGAAGACCAUUCUUGUGUUACUCAUGCCCAUUUUGCUUGGGAAUGUUGCAGUGGAGGCACUGCGGUGUUAUGCCUGUAAAGACACACACAGCAAUGCUCAAUGCAACCAGAAAAUAGAGAACUGCUACGUCUCAAAUGACACCUGCAUGACCACCGUCGGCCAAAUCUUGGGGUUCCAGUACAUUUCUAAGACCUGUACCAACAGCUUGUCAUGUAGAACAGCCGCCUCCAUCAACAUCAUUCCAGGAGCCUUAUGGGGGAUCCAGGUCAGCUGCUGUCAGACUGACCUCUGUAACGUCAACGGUUCAUCAGUCUCUGGACUCAACUUCAUGUUGCUCAGCUUGUCUUUUCUCUUAUCUGGCCUGGUUUUGUCUCUGUGAAACUCUGUGAAGUUUUUGAAAUGAAUGAAUGAACAACUGAAAUCAAUAUGUGGGUUCAUCUUUGCUGGGUUUUUUUGUUUGUUCUUGUUGCUCAUCCUCAGGAUCUAUGUUGGAUAGGAAAGAAAUACAACGUUUUCCUAUCUGUGCUGGUUACUGUGUCUCUGAAUCAAGUUUUCGAAAUGAAUGAAUAUGAACAACUGAAAUAAAUAUGUGUUAAUCUCU